AUGGAUAAAUUCGCUACUCUCGAACCCGUGAGGCUGUACAACGCUACAACCUCCGCUAGCGCUCGACUACUUUCUCGUGGACAGGGACCAAAGCCAGCCAUUGCCCAGCCUCUUGUCGGAAGACUCCCAUCGGACUUGCAUCUUCUCAUUCUAGCGCACUUAGCUGUUCCCGACUUUCCGGCGUACUCACGAUGCUCGCAUGCGACCGCGGCUCUGGCACAAGACGAAAAGAUAUGGCAGGCACGAUGGGCCGCGCUCGCCGUAGACAAGUACGCCCUUUCAGACGUCUUGGACGAACUGGAGGCCAACUCGAAAGGCAAAACUGGCGCUAUCAAAUCAGCGGCCCCGCCUACUUUAGAAGUAGAUGAUGAAUUCGGGGAGUUCGCCUCUGUGGAUAUUGUGAAUAACCCGCCUAUUGAAGAAAUGGGGGACUUCGUUGGCGGUGGGUUCGACGAUAUUGCCCGUAUGGUUCUUCCGACGCCGCAGCUGGUCCCCACCCGCGUCACACCGAGAACGAUGUACAUGCGAGCGCACCGACUGCUCAAACCGCUCACUACGGCCUUAUCGGCGCCGCCGCACAUGGUUCUCUCUGCUCUGGCCGCGAACUCAACGUCCUCGCUCAGAAGUCAAGCAAAGGCCCUUCAUCUCCUCUCCUGCUGGCUGUCGCCCCGGAUCCAGCCGCUUCGCAAAUGGGACACGCUGUUCUCUUCGUUGCGGGCCGCUAUGGAUCGGUUCGACUCCAACGCGCUGACAGCGUUUGAUAUCGCUGACGAGCACGGAGAUGAGGACGCGAUGAGAGAGGCCGCUGAAUCUAGUUGGGAAGUAUGGGAUAGAACGGGCGACUGGGAGAUGGGUAAGGUGUGGGCAGAGAAGCGGGAGAUAUUCUAUGAGCAAGGUAACUGGGAGCCGCUGGACAAUUCAAGUGCAAAGGAUGGUGUACUGGAUUUCGAUGCAAUGGACGAAUUCAUGACUCAUGUACUUGAAGCAAUCCGCGUGAACGGCUCUUUGGCAGUCAGGGUAUUUCCCCCUGCCUCAGAAGUCUUGCUCAACUUUGCCGAUCGACUGGCUACUGACGUGGUCGGUGAAUAUAUAACAGCCCUUCUCACUCGUGCGCGCGAAGUGUCGAAUGACACCUUCCUGAAAGCCGCUGCCGCCACGUUUCGCGAGGCAUGGAGAAUGGUCGAUGCGAUGCAGGCGGCUUCAGUGCGAGAAGACUCGGCGGUCUCAAAAACUAGAGCAGAGGACGUAGUGUAUCAAAUGUUCGAACCAAACAUGGACGAAUACCUUGACGAAGAAGUCGAGUCAACCAAGCAUGCGUUCGAAGUAAUCUGCAAGGCAUGGGAGAAGGGCGUGAGCAGCGGCUCUAUCGACGCCAGCAUCAGCGUCGCCGAGUCGACGUCGCAAGCUCGGUUCCUCGGCUCGCAUAAUCCAGCGCAAGUCAAGCGGAAUGUGCUUGCGUCGUUCACCUCCGUGCUGCUGCUUCCCGUGACGAUCGUGCCGCGUACGGUCGGUGCAGUAGGAGCUGCGCUGACUACGGGCGGGUCCGCUGCUGUUCAAGGCAUCUCGAUGCUGAAUCCGCAACGAUGGGGAGGCUCUGCGCCAAGCGACGGAUAUUCAAAGAAGUUGGAUCAAGAUGGAGGGGCGUUGUUUGAAGUCGGCGACGACGAUGAAGAUGCACCUACGCGGUCGUCAGGUUCAAUAUCGACAUCGACAACGACAACAGCUGCAUCUGCUAGACAAGUGGCCGCCAGCACCAACUUCGACUUGCUUUUAUCACUAGAUGUUUCCUUAGAACUUAUCCACGCAGACCGCGAGGCGCUGAAGAGGGUCGAGACAUUCGCGGGCUACCCCGGACAUUAUGGGCACCGCGUCCGAGACACUAUAGAGGAGAUAUUCAUCCUGUUCCUGCAAAUACUGAGCGAGCGCCACGUCAUCAAGGGGUUCUCUCAAGCCAUACUGCAAAUAACGUCGUAUAAACCGGCAGAUCACGAGGACACGACAAGCGUGGCGCCCCUGGUCCAGUUCUUCGAGUUGGUACAUAUUGGGGAUACUAUACAGUCGAUGGUGCAGGUGUACUUUGAUAAAGAGUUGGCACCCCAUAUCGACAAAACGGAUUUUCUGAAUGCUGUCGUGCGAGAGAAGAAGCGUUUCGAAAACUCUUUGGACGAUUCCGUUGCAGCGGGGCUCAAUGCUGGAACUGAGCUGCUUAUGAACCAGGUGGAGCAUAUCAUUACCAAACUGACAAAACCGCGAGAAUACUAUCCUCCGGAAGAUGCACCUCUCGAUCUAGGGCCUACACUGGCUUGCACCGAAGCUAUCAAGUGCCUAGACAUGCAUUGCAAACUGCUGAAGGGGAGCACGAGCAAGGAGGUGCUGGAAGUCUUCUACCAGGAGGUCGGUAUACGGUUGAUCGCUAUUCUGCAGAAACACAUCAAACGCCAGAUCAUCUCCCUUAGCGGUGGCUUCCAAGUCAUCGCAGAUUUGAACACCUAUCAUACAUUCAUCGCAUCACUCAAGGUUCAAACAAUAACGAGCGAAUUUUCUCACCUAAAAAUGCUAGGGCACGUCUUCGUCGUAGAAGAUGCGAAGGACCUUGCUCAGAUCGUCCGGGAUGUUACACGCUAUGGUGGUGCAUAUCGACCUGAGGAUAUAUACGAGUUCGUCCAGCGGCGAUCCGAUUGGAAGAAGAUCGAGAAAAUCGUUGACAAAACUAUGUACAAUCUCAGUUUCAAGGAGGACUGCGUUAUCUGCUAA